AUGGCAACAAUAGCCGGUCCCGUUUUAGACGCGGCGGAUCCGGGAUUCCGUCUCUUCGGUAGAUUAAUCGAUAACGGUAGCGCGCCAAACUCGCCCGUCUCAUCCCAGCCGUUGGCGUGCGACGCAAAUCAAUCUCCACCGUCGUCUCUUCGUCAAGGGCCUCGACCCCGUGCCGAACUAAAUGCUAUUCCCGAUUCCGCGAUUCGUCAGACCUCGAACGACUUUCGCAGAACCGCCGCGGCCGCAACUGCUGCAGAGAAUAGAGGAGAGGAGCGCGAAGAAGCAGAGGGGAACGACGACCGGGAGGAGAGUUCCGAGUCUCAAGAUGCGUCGGCGGAGCGGGCGAAACAGGAAGAGCAGGAGCGGGAGCUGCAGCAGCAGGAGGGGGAGGGGCAGAAGCAGGGGGAAGGAGGUUGCGAGUUGAAGCGUCCAACCACCCCGCUACCUUGUCCCCGUUGCAAGAGUCUCGCUACCAAGUUCUGUUACUUCAACAACUACAAUCCGAACCAGCCGCGCCACUUCUGCCGAGCCUGCCAGCGCUAUUGGACAGCCGGUGGCAAUCUGCGAAACGUGCCCGUGGGCUCGGGCCGGCGAAAAAGCAAGGUUUUGUCACACCCGCAACAGCAACAGGGUAACCAGCAGCACCAGGCGUCGCAUCAGGAAGCCCAUGCUCAAGCUCUCGCCGCUGGCGAUCCAGCCGCGGGCGUCUCGCCAGCAGCGCUGCUCGCCGCAGCGGCGGCGGCGGCGGCGGCAGCGACGGCAGUCCAUUCACCUGCCGUAGCGGCAACCAAUCCGUUGGUGCCAGGUGUCGCCAGUCCCUUUCUCUCCGCUCUUUCCGGCGCGUCCCACGCUCUCUCCGCGCCCUCCGUGGCGUUACCUGCAGCCUACGGUCUCCCCCCAGCCGCUCUUUCCCCGCAUGGAGCUUUCCCUCAGGCGGAGCUCUUGCGCCAAGGCGUCCCCCCAUACUCCCCGGGCCUCUCCGCGGGUCUCUCUCCCGCCAAUGUGGCAGCGGCGGCGGCUGCGCGGACCAUGGCGCUGGCGGCGGGCGCGGGGCACGUCCCUGCGGGGAUCUUUCCGGGGAUGGGCGGAAUGGGUAUGGGCAUGGGCGCGGGCAUGGGGGGCGCUGCUUCCGAGUACGCGGCCGCGGCUGCGGCUGCUGCUGCGGCGGCGGCGGCCGGCCAAGGAAUGUCCUCCGCCGCUGCGGGCCAGGAAAUGGCGUCUGCGGUUGCAGCAGCCGCCGCUGCCAUGGCUGCUCAAGCUGCUUCCGGGGCCCCUUCGUUCUCUCAAGCGGGAUGUGAAAUGACCCUUGCACCACCGGCACCAACAGGAGGAGCAGCAACACUGGCAGCAGGAGUGGAUGGUGCAGAGCGGAUGGAGAAGCAGCGGCAAGCGGCAUGGCUGGCCGGUGCGCCAGGCACAGGAUCAGGACAGGCAGUAGGGCACAGCACUGGAUGGGAAAACUUCCGUGCUGCAGCUGCCACAGCUGCUGCUGUUCCAUCUGUAGCAGGCAGGCAAGGCGGGUUAGACCACAGUAGAGCUGUCCCCUCUCUGCCCAUUCUCCCGCUACACUCCGCCUCUGGUUCCACCUCCCCUCCUCUCCUGCAGCAAGCGCUUGCAGCUGCUGGCCCCGCAGCUACAGCCGCUGCUACAGCUGCUGCGACUGUCCCUACCACAGUUGACACUCAAGCUGCUGGUACAGCGGCAGGGCAGCACAAGAGGCCGCCAGGCACUGGUGGUAACCAGGUGGUCGAUUAUCUCAGGAGGAGUCCUCCUGAGCAGCAGCAGCAACAGCAGCAGCUUGGGGCUAGUGGGGAGGAGCCUGCUGCUAAGAGGCUGUGCGUGGGGACUUCUGGAGGUGAUGUGGGAGACGGAGGAAAGGAGAAGGCAGGGCAGGAGGGUGUGCAUAUUCACCGCGCACCUUGCGAUAUCGCCUGCUCCUUCCAGUCGCGCCCACUCUUUCUUUCCCUUUCCUCACUGGUUUAUCCCUGUGCCUGUUUCGUCUGUCCCGCUUGUUUCGCCUGUCCCCCCUCUCCUUCCUGUUUCGCCUGUCCCCCCUCUCCUUCCUGUUUCGCCUGUCCCGCCUGUUUCGCCUGUCCCCCCUCUCCUUCCUGUUUCGCCUGUCCCGCCUGUUUCGCCUGUUUCGCCUGUCCCCCCUCUCCUUCCUGUUUCGCCUGUCCCGCUUGUUUCGCCUGUUUCGCCUGUCCCCCCUCUCCUUCCUGUUUCGCCUGUCCCGCUUGUUUCGCCUGUUUCGCCUGUCCCCCCUCUCCUUCCUGUUUCGCCUGUCCCGCUUGUUUCGCCUGUUUCGCCUGUCCCCCCUCUCCUUCCUGUUUCGCCUGUCUCGCUUGUUUCGCCUGUUUCGCCUGUCCCCCCUCUCCUUCCUGUUUCGCCUGUCCCGCUUGUUUCGCCUGUUUCGCCUGUCCCCCCUCUCCUUCCUGUUUCGCCUGUCCCGCUUGUUUCGCCUGUUUCGCCUGUCCCCCCUCUCCUUCCUGUUUCGCCUGUCCCGCUUGUUUCGCCUGUUUCGCCUGUCCCCCCUCUCCUUCCUGUUUCGCCUGUCCCGCUUGUUUCGCCUGUUUCGCCUGUCCCCCCUCUCCUUCCUGUUUCGCCUGUCCCACCUAUCAGGAGUUCAACCCUCCCUCCUCCCGCGCUCCUAGUCUCGCCCGAACCACCCCUCCCCCGGCACCUCCCCCGAACGUCCCUCCGCCCCUCGCCAUUCCCAUCCCCUUUCUCAAUUUCCGCCCACGUUCACGCUCCCCCAAUCCCGCGCGCUCCGCCUCCCCCUCUGGCGCGCGCUCCCGCUCCCGCUCUCGGUCGCGCUCCCCUCACCGCCCCUGGCGCUGGUUCUCCGCCGAUGCGCAGGAAUCCCCGCGCCAGCCCCGUUCCCCCGGCCCUGCCCCCGACCCAGGGGGCGCUGCCCCCGCCGCCGCUGCCACCGCAGGCGCAGGCGCAGGCUCCGCAGGUCCUUUUUCCGCGGCUGCUGCGCGGGUGACGGGCUUUUUCACUAGGCCGCACUUCCGAAGCAGUUCUCCAGGUCCGGUCCGACCCAGGGCGCCCGAGCCUGAGGCGAAGGUAUGGUAUUAUCCCGCGCCUGCAAUGAGAGAUCUGGUGUCGUUUCGUGAGCUGGUGGCUGGCGCGAGAGAGAGGACGCACGCUAAGACACAAGCGGAGAUUGCUACUAACGCGGAUUUGUUUUCAGGCAAAUCAGCCAGACACCAGCAUGUGGAAUCGAAUCCGCGGAACCUUGUAGCGGGUACAAACGCGGACAACCUUACCGGAUCUUCGAUAGAGCCUGUAGAGCGUUCGAAUAGGGCAACAAAGAAUCCUCCAUCUAUUCCACCACUUUCAGCUUAUAACGGGGGUAACGCGGACAGGGAACCCAGCAGCGAUCCGUACUACGUGCCUGGUGCCGCUUACUACGACAGCUUUCAAGCCGCCAGCGUGGAGAAGAGGAAACGUGUGAAGGAGCGGCAGCGCGGGAAAACGCGGGCUGGUGGCGAUGCGGAUGUAGCUACGAGUGGCGGCGGUUGUAGCAGCGGUGGUGUAGGGCCGAGCAGGAGAGAGGGGGGUGCAGGUGCGGUGGAGAUGGGUGAAGCAGGGUGGGAGGAGGGGUGGGUGAGUCCAGUGGAGAAGCAAUAUUUGAGGAAUGAAGGGGCUUACUACAGCACUCCGGCGGCUGCCAAGGAAGGGAAGCAGAGGGAGGCGUUUCGAGAUGGUGAGCGGAGAGUGGUGGUUCCGGAAGGGAAGCAGGAAGGGCUGUCCCCGAACAGGCGGCAAGAGGGGCUGUUGUCCCCUGAUGGUGCCAGUUCCGACAGCCACAUUGACGCGUCCUCCCCACUGCCGCUCCCCCAAACGUACCUUCCGAACGCUGACUAUGCUGGUUUUGCCGGGUAUGGCGGGUACGGUGGGUAUGGCAGCUGCGGGAGUGACUCCUCCCCCACCAUGUUCCCCCCUCACCUCCCCUCGCACCCCCACGAUCCCGCAUGCCCGUCAUCCCCGUCUCAUCCCCACUCGCCCCACCCUGUGUCUGACCAUCAGCAGCACUAUCCGCUCUUCCACCGCCCACACGCGUCCCAGCAGCAGCAGCAGCAGCAGCACCAGCGGACGCAGCAGCAAGCCUACCAAGCCCCCUCCCACCAGCAACAGCAACAGCAACAGCAACAGCAGCAGCAGAGCGCGCCUCCAGCAGCCUAUCUGCUGCGCAGGACGCCCUCCGCGCUGAACCGCUUCUCCCUGCCACGCAAGCCCGGGGAGGAGGACGAGGAGGAGCAGCAGCAGCACCACGCGCGGGGCACGCGGUCCAAACGGCAUGCAGAGAGUGGCGUUGCGCGGAUGAGCAGCAGAGGCAGCAGCCGCAGAGGGCAGCAGGGGUAUGAGCAGGAGCAGCAGUGGGCAGGGUCGGCGGGGCAGAGGGGAGGAGGGGAGGUGGCGGGAGGGGAGCGAAAGGGUGGGGUGGAGGAGGGGGAUGGAGUGAGUGAGGUGCCGUUUCACGAGAUCGUGGCAGGAGCACGGCUGAGGUCUGACUCUUCCCUCUCCCUGUCACAAAAGUCUCACUCCAUGUUGUCGCAUCAGUCCCUCUCUAUUCCCUCGCAUGCGUCAGGUGAGCAACAGAUGCCUGCAGCAGCAGCAGCAGCAGCAGCAGCAGCAGUAGCAGCAGAGUCACAUGCACAGUACGAUUCUGGUUCUCCUGCUGGCGUGGCUCCGUCCCUCGUCUCGUUUGUGCCUCUCCCCCUGAACACGUACAGUGAGGGCGGGUUGGGGGGAGAGGAGGGCACAGGCGGGGGGGGUGGUGGGAGAGGGAAGGGGGGAAAAGGAGGGGUGGGGGGAGAGGAGAAAGCGGGGGAGAGGGAGGGGGAGUGGGAGGGGGAGAGGAUGCGGAAGGACGGCGCUGAGGAGGAGAGGGCGGGAGAGGUGACGAAUGGGCCUGAAGGGAGGAGCGGGGGGCGAGCAGGAGGGGCCUUAGGCGGCUGGUCGAAAGGGAGGAGAGGGACGACGGAGAUUGAAGAGGUGGUGGAAGGGGAGGGGGAGAGGGCGGAAGGGGAAGGAGAGAGGUGGGGAGAGGGGUCGGUAGGAGAGGGAGAAGGAAUGCGGUGGGCGAGGAGGGAGGAGGGGAGGGACUUGUCGAAGGUGGACAGGUGGGCUGCGGAGGGGAGGGAUGGGGGGCAGCAGGUGCAUGAAGGCGAAGACGACUUUUGGAUGCAGCGGCUGGGGCUGCUUCAGGUGAAACCUCAGUCACACGCCCUGCUCCCCACCACCAGUCCCCCCGGGCCCAGCGACCCCUUCGCGCCCCUGCCUGCUGCCCUGCGCGCUGGGCUGCUCAGGCGACUCAAGGAGGCCGACUCUGCUGCCGCACUCAAGGAGGACAGCCUUUCUGCUGCCACUGCCGGCCCUGCCACCCCUGCUGCUGCUGCUGCUGCUGCUGGGUCUACCAGCGGUGCUUGUGCUGUGGAUGGGGCAGGUGGAGGUUCCCUUAUAAGCAGGUCCGCUAAGGGUAUUCUGUGUCGGACCAAGGUGCUCAAGGCAGAAGAGGGAGGAGGCAGACGGGAAGGGGGCAGGGGAGAAAGUGCUGCUGAAGGCGCUGCUCGUGUUGCUGGUAGUGAUCGUGCCAGUGCUGAUGGUGCUGGCGAAUCCGCUGCUGCUGCUGCUGCUGCUGCUGAAGCUGAUGCCGAUGCUGAUGCUGCUGCUGCCAAGGCUGGUCUUCUCCCCCCGAGCCUGGUCGAAGCUGUGUUCAAGCCUGGCGCCUUGGGUCGCGCGGCCACAGCCUACCGCUACAGGGGAGGGGGCGACUUCCUGUUUCGCACCCUGGCCACGCUACAGCUGGAUGGGGAGGAGAGGCAGAGGGAGGGGGAGCGGACGGGGGAGCGGGAUGGGGAGGAGGAGAGGCAUGGGGAAGGAGAGAGGGAGGUGGGUCAAGGUGGAGGAAAUAGUGGAGCAGGGAGCAUUGAUGCAUCUGCUGCUACUGCUGCUGCCACUGCUACUGGUUCCCCUACUGGUGCUGCUGAUGCAGAGGUAACUGGAGCGCAGGAAAGCAGAGCCAGCGACAGUCAGAGGGUUGUAGAACCGGACGGGAAAGGGGAGAAAGGAGAGAUGGGAGGGAUGGAUAGGACAGAAGGGAAGAGAGAGAAGGGAGGGAGGAGAGAGAAGGGAGGGAGGGAGGCGGAGGGGGAGGAGGAGGACGCGUGUGACUACGAAGAGGAGGCGAGGGCCGUGGCCCUCUCUCUCUUCGGCUUCCCCCACACUCUCAACGACUUUGGGGGGCUUCUGGAGGGCGACGGGCAGGCAGACGGUUCCGGGCAGAGGGAAACUAUUCAGGAGCUGCCCGGGCGAGGUGGCGGCAGGAGCGGGGGAGGAAGAGCGGGGAGUGUGGAGGUGAGGGAUGGGGAGAGGAGGGAAGUGGGGAGGGGGGGAAUGAGAGGCGAGAGAGGGGAGGCAGGGGCGGAGCCAGGGGAGGGGGGCGAGAGGGCAGGUACAGGGGAGGAGGACGGGGGCGAGGGGGAAGAGAGCGCGGUGCAGCAGAGCCUGCGGCAGUUGGAGCAGGCGCUGGCAGCGGGGAGAAUGCCCGUGGACGCUGCUGCCCUCCGCCACGAGCUGCUGCUCCUCAUGGGGGGUGGCGCGGGGCACAGGGGGGAGGCGGGAGGUAGCCGGGGGAAGCUGGGGGGAGGCGGGGGGGAGAUGGGGGAAGGCCAGAGGGAGAUGGGAGGAAGCAGGGGGGAGAUGGAGGGAGGCAGGGGCGGAAUGGGGGAUGGCGAGAUGGGGGUGACGGUGGGGGUACGGGGGGAAGAGAGGGUUGGGGGCAUUGGGGCGAGGGAGCGAGGCAGGUGGGAGGUGAGGGGUGAGGGGAUGGAGCAGCGGUGGGAGGGUGGGAGGGAAGAGGGGGCGAGUGAGGGGGGACGGGAGGAAGGGGAGAGUGAAGGAGGUGUAGGGAGGGCGGCCACAGUGCAGCCCGUGCCGGCAGCAGCAGCAGCAGGGGGCGAGGAGCCUGGUGAUGGCAGCAGCGCCCUGCCUGCUGCUCGCCCAGCCUGGGGUGAGGAGCCUGCAGGCCUCUCUCCUGCUCAUCGCCCUGCCUCCACUGCUGGCUUUGCUGCAGGGAUGUCGACGGUAGGGGGAGGAGGAGGGGAACCAGGGGGGUUGUCCUCGGCGUGGCACUGGCUGCAGCAGGUGGAGAUGGCCGAGGCAGAUGGGCAUGUGCCUGUGGCGCUGCAGCUGUUUGACCUCGCAGACAAGUGUGACGCUCAGGUGGGUGACUGGCUCGUUGCCAUGUUACGUGAGUGUCUGCAGGGUGCUCUUGAGAACCCCCCUUCUCCAAAACACCACGUGCCUGUGCCGCUGCAGCUGUUCGACCUGACGGACACGUGUGAUGCUCAGGGGCGUCUGUCUCCCUCCCUCCUCAUGUUUCUCUCCUCUCCCUCUCCCGCGUCCUCGCCCCUCCUCCUACCCCCACCUGAACCUUCCGCCCUAUCCUCUCCCCUGCCCGCACACUCUCCCCUCCCCCUGCCCCCCCGCCUGGCUCCUGUGCUGCGCCCCUGCCGCUCCGCGCACCAUCUUGUGGCUGUGUAUGAUCUCCAGGGCGAGCGGGUGAGUGGGGAGGAGUGCAGUGAGGUGGGAGGGGGGUCGGGCGAGGGGGUUGGUGAGGAGGAAGGCAGAGAAGCAGGUGGGUGGGAAGCGGAGAGGAUUGAUGGGGAGGAGGGUGGAGUGGGAGGAUGGGAGGGCGGGAGGGACAUGGGACGAAACAAGAGUUCGGAAUGGGAAGCGGGGGCUGAUGGAUGGGCAGCAGGGAUGGGUGGGAGCGGGGAGGGGGAGGCAGAGGCAGCAGGAGUGGAAGGAGAGGUGAGGCUGCAAGGGCUGGUGGGAGGAGUGGAGGGAGCAUCAGGAGCAGUAGGAGGGGCGAGUGUGAGGGAUGCAGGAGGAGAGGGAGGAGCGAAUGUGAGGGAUGCAUCAGCAGAGGGAGCAGCGAUUGUGGGAACUCCAUCACCUGUGAGGGCUUGGAGUCGAGGGGCAAGAGAGCGGGAGAGGGAGAGGGAGAUGGGGAUCACUGCAGGGAUCUCUUCAGAAGUCACCAAGGGUUCAUAUGAAGGUGCUGAUAACAUCCCCAGCACAGCAGCGUUCGGCAGCCCAUUCAAGGCAGCAGCAGCAGGAGCAGCAGCAGCAGGAGCCGGCUCAGGCUCCCCCGCCCGCCCCCCCUCAUCUGCUCUGUCCCCCAUAAAUCCGUCCUCGAUAAACGCAGCGGCAGGUGCGUCGGCUGCAGCAGCGUCAGGUGGAGUGGGGUCCUGGCCGUCUCCCUCUGCCUCGCCCUCGCCUGCCCGUGCUGCCCGCACGGCCCUCUUCUUUGAAACCGUCAAGAGGGCUGCAGGGGCAACGGCGGAAGCAGCAGUGGCAGAGGGGAGUGGCACCGGCAGGGAUAGGUUGGCGUUGAGGGAGGGGGCGAGUGCAGGACGAGGCGGGGUGGGGGGAGAGGAUGGAGUGUCAGGUGAGGGAAGGAGUAGGGGAGGGAUGGAGAGUGGGGGUUCAGGGGUGGGGGGUGGGAGUUCUGGUGUAGGGGGGGGCAGUCCCAGUGUUCUGGAGAAGCUGCGGCGAGCCAAGGCUCAGCUGAUGCAGCUGCAGCAGAAUUACCUCAGAGACCCGCCACCGCACUCCACCGCCUCGUACUCCUCCUCACCUUCAGACCGCACCCCCAGCAGCAGCGCGCAGAGCCAGCGCUCCGAACCUGAUCCUCUGCUGCUUGGGCCUACCCCCGCCCGAACCGAUGUGGCUCGGUAUGAGAAGGCUCGGAAGGGCCUGCCGAGCCUGGAUGAGGAGGCGCCGAUUGCGGGGUGGAGUUUGGACGAGGGCGCCGGGAGGAGCGGAGGAGACGGAGCUAGAGACAGAGCAGGGGACAGGAAAGAAGCAGAAAUGGGAUAUGGAGGAGAGGCAGGAAAAUUAGAAGGAGGGAGAGAGCAUAUUGGUGGGGAGGGUGCAGUGGAAGGAACAGGCCUGAGUGUACGAGCAGAGUCACCCGUGAGAGGGGGCUGGAGCAGAGGCUCGGGAGGUGUUGGGAGGGUCAGAGGGUCACUUGGAGAAGCGACUGGUGCAAGGCCAGAUGAUGGGGGUGUGGGAGCAGGAGGUGGGGGCGGAGGAGCGGCAGGAUCAGAAGGGAGGGAAAGAAGGGGGGGAGUAGGCAAAGGAAAGGAAGGAGGGGAUGGGGCGAUGGAUGCGGCAAGUACGCAGCCAAUGGCAUGGAAAUCAGGAGCCAAUCAGGGCAUGACACUACAGCAGCGAAUGAGAGCGAGGAGGGAUGGAGCACAGGGAGGAGGGGGAGGCGGGGCGGCAGCAGGGAGGAGGCGGCAGUGGGUGAGGUGA